UUCAGUUUCACUUCUGCAUGUCAUUUUGUGCACUCAAAAAUUAAUUUCAAGAUUGCUUUUUCAUAUCACUUUCCAUUUAAAACCUACUAGUAUAAGCCUAUAGUAUAAGUAAUAAAGUUCAAUUUUCUUCACAUGAUAUUUAAUUCAUUUUAUAAUUCAGGCCUCUGAAUUAUUUUCUUUUGACCCUGAACAAGCUCUCAGGCAGAGAAAUUCCAAAGGCAAUCAAUAAUAUUUUUUACAAAUUUGAGACAAGUUUCAAAGCUCUUACUUUUUUUCUAAAUAUGUUAAUUCUGUAUAUUUUAAAUACAGAAGAAACUGAAACAUGUUUCCAUUUUCAGGCAUCUCAAAAUAUUUUCUUCUUUUAUAGUGGUAAUAAAUAAAACUAGAGAGUAUACCAAUAAGACUAUAAUUCUAUUUCAACUCUACUACUCUGAUUUUUCUCUUUGUAAAUCCUUAUUGAAUAUCCUUUUACACUCUCUGCCUUUAAUUUCAGGGGACAUCCAGUGAGGACAUGGAAAAGAAAAAUUCAACCUUACUGGCAGAGUUUGUUCUCACGGGACUUACCUUUCAGUCACAGUGGAAAAUCCCUGUCUUCCUGGGGUUCUUGCUGAUCUAUCUCCUCACCAUCAUGGGAAACCUGGGACUCAUUGCUCUCAUUUGGAAUGACCCUCACCUUCAUAUUCCCAUGUACUUGUUCCUUGGGAGUUUAGCCUUGGUGGAUACUUGGUUAUCAUCCACAGUGACUCCAAAGAUGCUGGUCAACUUGUUAUCCAAGAGUAAGAUAAUAUCUCUCUCAGAAUGCAUGAUACAAUUUUUUUCUUUUGCAAUCAGUGCAACCACAGAAUGUUUUCUGUUGGCAACAAUGGCUUAUGAUCGCUAUGUAGCCAUAUGCAAACCAUUACUUUAUCCAGUGAUUAUGGACAAUGGACUAUGCAUUCGGCUGUUAGUCUUGUCAUUUGGGGGUGGCUUUAUUCAUGCCUUAAUUCAUGAAAGUUUUCUAUUGAGAUUAACCUUCUGUCAUUCCAACGUAGUAUAUCACUUUUAUUGUGAUAUUAUACCAUUGUUAAAAAUUUCUUGUACUGAUCCUUCUGUUAAUAUUCUAAUGCUUUUUAUUUUCUCUGGUUCAAUUCAGGUAUUCACCAUUGUAACAAUUCUUGUCUCUUAUACAUUUAUUCUCUUUGCAAUCUUAAGAAAGAAAUCUGAAAAGGGCUUAAGGAAAGCUUUCUCCACCUGUGGAUCCCAUCUCUUGUCUGUCUGUUUGUAUUAUGGUCCUCUUCUCUUCAUGUAUGUUCGCCCUACAUCUUCAGACACAAAUGAUCAGGAUAUGAUCUUCUCUCUGUUUUACACUGUCAUAAUUCCUGUGCUAAAUCCAAUUAUCUACAGUCUGAGAAAUAAGAAAGUCAUAGACUCACUUUCCAAAAGUUUAAAGAGAAAUGUAUAGAUCUCAUACAAAUAUAGGGACCGGCACUGUGGCGUAGCAGGUUAAAGCCCUGGCCUGAAGUGCUGGCAUCCCAUAUGGGCCUGUUCUAGUCCUGGCUGCUCCUCUUCCGAUUCAGCUUUCUGCUAUGGCCUGGGAAAGCAGUAGAAGAUGGCCCAAGUCCUUGGGCCCCUGCAUCCACGUGGGAGACCCGGAAGAUGCUCCUGGCUCCUGGCUUCGGAUUGGCCCAGCUCUAACUGUAGUGGCCAUUUGGAGAGUGAACCAUCAGAUGGAAGACCUCUCUCUCUGUCUCCAC